AAUUAUUAUUAUUACUGUGAUAGAGGAGAGAAGGAAGCUGCUUCCUAUUAAUUUUCAAUUCCAUCAUAUUCUUAGAUCUGACGAUUAAAUUAUAUCAUCAAGGGUUUCAAUGGGGAAGAACAACAAUAAGAGAAGGAAGUUAGUUGAUGACGGAGAAAGCCACAACAAAAUCCUAAAAGGAUCUGCUGAUAAGAAAGAGCCAAGCUCGGUUGAAGAAGCUCCGUAUGUAAUUGUAGUCCAUGGACCUCCCAAGGUUGGGAAAUCUUUGUUGAUUAAGUCUCUAAUAAAGCAUUAUACAGAUCAAAGUCUUGAGAACAUACAAGGCCCCAUUAGGGUACUAACAGGUAACCGAAGACGGAUACAGUUUGUGGAGUGUCCGAACAAUAUGAAUGGCAUGAUUGAUGCUGCAAAGUACGCAGACUAAAGUCUCUGAUGCAAAUUAUUUGUUUGAAAUGGUAAGUCACAGUAAAAUAUUCAGAAAUGUGAUCAGAUAGUCAUUCGGUCCUCUCUGCAUUUAAAAAUCAAAUCCACACUAAAGUCUAGUGUUCAUCCCCAUUGAAUUUCUUUUAAGAAUUUGACAUUCCACCACCAUGGUAGCUUCUUGAUAUUUGCUUCAGCCCCGAAGAAGAUUGUUACCAAUUUUAGUCUUUAAAUUGCAACAGCUUUUUAAAACAAAACCAUACUGACAAGGCGUCUUGCCCUUUUCAACUAAGGCUAAUCAAGUCCUUCUGUAAUCAGUGGCGAAUCUAGAAACUAAACUUAGGGGAAGCAAAUUUUCAUAAGGGGUAGCAAAAAAGCAAGAUUACGCUUGGGGGAGAUUUUAUGGUUUGAAAUUUAGGCUUGGAAGCCCAGUGUGGAGGGGUAGCAAGUGCACAUCCUUGUUACUAGUUGGAUCCGCCACUGUCUGUAAUGCACCUUUUUAUUCUUUUCCUCUUGGUUGUGAUGGUUUAUAAGUUUAUUUAGCUUCUUCAAUUUGUCCAUGCAUACCCCUCAGUCAUUUUUUAAUAAAGCAAGAUGGUCUUGGUAACCCUAAAUUCCCGCCUUGUCUCUGAGUUAGUUUUAACUUUCUGAUAUUCAAGUAAAGGACCGGAAACUUCAAACGUUACUUACUAAUGUCAAGUAUAUCCAACUUUAAUGGAAGCUAAUCGGCAUUUCUUUUUUUCUCACUGCAAAAUGCUUUUGUUGAUUUUAAGAAACAUUCGAGUUCCUUAGCCUCUUACAAGUUCAUGGCAUGCAAGAGGUUAUUGGGGUGCUUACAUAUCUUGAUGAGCUAAAAUAUGCAGCACGUAAGAAGUGGAUCAUGGAAGAUUUCAGGGCUAAUAUACACGAAGGAGCUAAUAUAUUCUGCUUGUCUUUUCUUCACGGAAUGUAUCAAAAGGAUGAAAUUGACGAUUUGGCAAACUUCUUAUCGGUUAUGGAAUUUCAUACUUUGUCGCGGCGAGCUGCACACCCUUAUUUCCUGGUAGAUCAUUUUGAGGAUGUCACUUCUCCAGCAGAUGUGGAUAUGGAUAUAAAAUGCAAGAGAGAUAUAAUUUUGUUCUGUUAUAUCCGAGGUUGUGAUAUCAAGAAAGGAACUAAGGUGCAUAUUGCUGGUGUUGGUGAUUACCCUUUAGCUGAUAUUACACUCCCAGCUGACCCUAUCCCUUUACAGCCUGUUGACGGCAAUGAUAAGCAGAUGCAAAUUAAUAUAGAAGAACCACACUUGGAGAUUGAAAGUUUCAGAAGAGGGACUUACCUAAGGUUUGGGGUUCUUGGCGUCCCUUUUGAGAUGGUUACCAAUUACAAUCCCUGUCAGCCUAUUCUCGUUGGAAGUAUCAGUCGUGCAGAAGAUAAUGUGGGACAUAUGCAGGUGAGGCUUAUGCAGCACAGUUGGCAUAUGAAUAUGUUGAAGACAAAAGAUCCUAUCAUUGUUUCAGUUGGUUGGAGAAGGUACCAGACAACACCUAUCUAUUACCAAGUCUCUUAUAGACGGCACAAAAUGCUCGAAUUCACCCCUGUUGGUGAACCCUGCCUUGCAACCUUUUGGGGCCCUCUCGCGCCUCCCGGUGCUAGAGUUGUUGCUGUACGUAGUUUGGCUGACAAUAAGAUAGUUGAGAGAAUCAAGCGGAUUGGAACUCCAUGCUUGAUUUUGAACGAGACUGCUCUUAUCAAGGACAUGUUUACAUCAGAUGAUGAAGUCAAUCGGUUUAGAGAUGUCAAAAUUAAUACUGCGCAUGGAAUUCGGGGGAAGAUUAAUGAGGCUGCAGCGAAAUCAGAGCUCCCUAUUAGAUUGUGAUGGAAUGAUGGUCAACCUAGAGAAGGGAUUGCAAAGUGCACAUUUGAUUGCAGCAUUUGUAUGAGUGAUACCAUUCACUUGUGUGAGUGGACCCAAAUUGAGGUUCCUUGCAUCUUCAACCCACUAACGACGCCCCUGGAACCUAGGAAUCUUGUUUGGCAGGAUUCAGUCGAUAAGAAGCUGAACGAAUCCGAUGAAAGUAAACAUGUAUUGGUGAUAGAGGAGAAAAAGAUAGCAACAGAGAAUGUGAGAAAAAGGUGCAUAGAUAUUUAUGGCGAGAAGCUCAAGGAUGGUCCAGCGCAGAAGCGGCAGACGAUCGAACAACGGCGUGCAGUGAUCAUUGUCCACCCGAAGCCGUUUGGUUCGGGGUCUGAGUUGCGUGCGCAGUGGGUGAAACAACAAUUGAAGCUUAUUAGACAAAAUAAUGGUCCAGGGUUCCUUACAACUGAGUGUGUGUAGGGCCAUGUGGAGCCAGGGUUGAGGCUGAGACUUGACGAAGAGGUUUAAACAGGAACAACUGGAGGACGAGAAGAGAGGAAUAGAGGGCUACUAUACCUUUGGCGGUGUUCAGGUUUCCGUUUCCCUUCUUAAGUAUUUCAUUGUAUCCGCUGCUCCAUCUAUGCUUGUUUGAUUAUGGUAAUGAUAGUGUGCUAUUUAGUUUUCAUUCAGAGUUUGAACUUGUCGAAGGGACAUUGAACUUAUACAUGCGCCUAAAUUGAUGAACCAUCUCCUCAUGGGGACUUUAUGAAUCACUGUUAUGUUUGUAUUAUUUAGACGUUUUGUCAUGUCAUUACAUGAUCGUUUUGUUGAUAAUCAAUAGUCUGAGGAAAUGUGGUGUAUAUGUAUGUGUUUUAAAGGGUGGUC